UCCCGCAGAGGCAGGGUCCCAGACCCCAGUGAGCAAUUGUGAGGUCCCGGAGCUGAGGCCCACAGGGACUCAGCAGCUAACGCCUGCGCGCUAGCCCGACAGCCAAUCGUUGGCCGCCUGCCUGCGGCGCCCUUUGACCCCGCGUCCCGGGCCUCCAGGAAUCCAGUCCGGCUCAGCCCUGCAGCCCGUUUCCGCACCGGUUCCCGCCGCUAGCAAAACAUUUACUAGUUUGGAGUUUAAAGUAUGUCAUCAUGGCAAAAUUUCGAAGAAGGACCUGCAUCAUUUUGUCACUUUUUAUUCUAUUUAUUUUCUCUCUGAUGAUGGGCUUAAAGUUGCUGUGGCCAAACGCAGCAUCCUUUGGACCUCCUUUUGGACUUGACCUCCUUCCAGAACUUCGUCCACCAAAUGCCCACUCAGGAAACAAAGCUGACUUCCGAAGGAGUGGUAGAAUCAACAUGGAAACAAAUACCAAGGAUUUAAAAGGCGCUGACAUGACUGUGCUGCCACCCAAACCCUCCGAGGCAGACCUGGAAGAACUGCCUCCUCUCAAUUAUUUUGUACAUGCAUUUUAUUACAGUUGGUAUGGAAAUCCACAGUUUGAUGGUAAAUAUGUACACUGGAAUCAUCCAGUCCUGGAACAUUGGGACCCUAGAAUAGCCAAGAACUAUCCACAAGGAAGACAUACUCCGCCAGACGACAUUGGCUCCAGUUUUUAUCCUGAGUUAGGAAGUUACAGCUCUCGAGACCCUUCUGUCAUAGAAACUCACAUGAAACAAAUGCGCUCAGCCUCAAUUGGAGUACUGGCCCUGUCUUGGUACCCACCUGAUUCAAAUGAUGAGAAUGGAGAAGCUACUGAUCACUUGGUACCAACUAUUUUGGAUAAAGCUCAUAAAUAUAAUCUGAAGGUCACUUUUCACAUAGAGCCAUAUAGCAAUCGAGAUGAUCAAAACAUGCAUCAAAAUGUCAAGUAUAUUAUAGACAAAUAUGGAAACCAUCCAGCCUUUUAUAGGUACAAGACGAGGACUGGGCGUUCUCUGCCCAUAUUUUAUGUCUAUGAUUCUUAUAUCACAAAGCCUGAAACAUGGGCCAAUCUGUUAACACCCUCAGGAUCUCAGAGUGUUCGCAGUUCUCCUUAUGAUGGAUUGUUUAUUGCACUUCUAGUAGAAGAAAAGCAUAAAUAUGAUAUUCUUCAAAGUGGUUUUGAUGGAAUUUAUACAUAUUUUGCCACAAAUGGCUUUACAUAUGGCUCAUCUCAUCAGAAUUGGAAUAACCUGAAAUCAUUUUGUGAAAAGAACAACUUGAUAUUUAUCCCGAGUGUAGGCCCAGGAUACAUAGAUACAAGCAUCCGUCCAUGGAACACUCAGAACACCCGGAACAGAGUCAAUGGGAAGUAUUAUGAAGUUGGUCUAAGUGCUGCACUCCAGACCCACCCCAGUUUAAUUUCCAUCACCUCUUUCAAUGAGUGGCAUGAAGGAACUCAAAUUGAAAAGGCUGUCCCCAAAAGAACUGCUAACAUGGUAUACCUGGACUACCGGCCUCAUAAGCCAAGUCUUUAUCUAGAACUAACUCGAAAGUGGUCUCAAAAAUACAGUAAGGAAAGAAUGGCAUAUGCAUUGGAUCAGCAGCUGCCUGCUUCAUGAUGCAUCACUUACGGUUUAUCAAGUUUCCUAGCUUCACUCAAUGCACUGUGUUUUGAGUUAUGUAAAGAAAACUGUCAAAAAUCAAUGUGUGCUUGCUACUGUAACCUUUAUCAGUUAUUUCAUUUUUACUUUCUUAAAAGAUUCAUUUUUCCUUUUUUUGUUUUCUCACCAUUCCUAUUUAUUAAGAAACUUAUGGAUUGUUUAUAAAUUUGGUCUAGGUACAUAUUAUUUUGUUCUAAUAGGAAAAACAAAUUUA